AUGAUAUCCGGCCACGAAUCCACAGAUCAAUUCGACUCGGGCAUACGAGAGAAAAGAAUCCAAUCACAACUUAAUGGUCGUCUGAUUCGAGAUUUGAGCAGCGUCGAGGUCACUAUCAUUUACUACCGCCUCCGCUGGGCAGGACACGUUCACAGGAUGGAUCCGUCCAGGCUCCCCAAGAAAAUCCUAUAUGGCGAGUUGGCCAUUGGGACCAGACGACGAGGAUCACCCAAAAUGCGCUACAAGGACCAACUAAAGCGCAGCCUGACACUUACCAACAUCAGCUCGUCCUCGUGGAAAGAAACUGCCAGGGAGCGAACGACGUGGAGGAGAUCAAUACGCGAUGGCAUCGCGGACUUCGAGGAAAGGAGGAGGGAGAAUGAAGAGGCAAGGCGACCCCGUCCUCACCCUCUCCUCCCCUGGGAGCAUUGUCCGCGACUAUUCCACCCUCGACUGGGCCUCACAAGUCAUCUAUUCUUUCGAAAUAAUAGGAGAAUUUGUAUCUAUCUAUCUAUCUAUCUAUCUAUCUAUCUAUCUAUCUAUCUAUCUAUCUAUCUAUCUAUCUCAGUAUCUAUCUAUCUAUCUAUCUAUCUAUCUAUCUGUACUUUCCUGACACCAGACAAAGGCACGUCCUUCUUGAAGAAGAAUCAUUCACGCCACUCUCACCUUUUCGGCUUCGAAGAGAAAUAA